AUGUCUUAUGAAGAAUUGAAUGAUUAUUUAGGUAUUUUAAAUAAUUUCUUAUAUUUUAUAGAGCUAGAAAGAAACCUAUUAAAUGUUUAUUGUUUAAAGCAUAUCAUGAAUAUUUUUACUAAUGAAAUAAUAAUGAGUCAAGUUUUACAAAAUAAGUUGGAUUAUCAUUUAAAUCAUCUAUAUAUUUUAUCUAAUGAUGAAAUGAUAGUUUUAAUAUCCAAAAUUAAUAGAAAAGUACCUUUUUAUUUAUUUAAAAAGGAAAUAUUAAGAUAUUAUAUAUCAUAUAAGAUUAUAAUUUAUAAAAAAAAUUUAGACAAUAUACAUCAGUUGUUAUUAAAACAUAAAAAAGAGAGUUUAAUUAAUGAAAAACUUAGAGUAUUAAAAUAUCAUAUUUUAGAAUUUAUCAAUUCUUUCUAA